AUGCGCAAGCCGCCGGGCUAUGUCGCCGCUAGCGUGCUCUGCUCGCUCGGCGGCUUUCUCUUCGGCGUCGAUACAGGCAUUAUCGGACCCGCGACCGUCAUGGACGAGUUUAAGAAUUACGUCGGUAACACCUCGCCUAUCGUGCACGGCCUGAUCGUCUCCUCCAUCCUCAUCCCCGCCGCCAUCUCGUCCUUCUUUGCUGGCCGUCUCGCGGACGCCCUGGGCCGCCGCACUGGCAUCGCCAUCGGCUCUCUCAUCUUCGCCGUCGGCGCUACCCUCGAGGCCUCCUCGGUCCACAUUGCCAUGUUCAUUGUCGGCCGCGUCGUCGAGGGUGUCGGCGAGGGAUUGUAUCUCGGCACUCUGGUCGUCUACAUUUGUGAGAUUGCGCCUCCAAAACACCGCGGCGCUCUCACCACGGGGCCGCAGCUUCUCAUCACGCUGGGCCUGGUGGCCGGCUUUUUCACGUGCUACGGCACCGCCAACAUCGAGUCGUCCAUGUCUUGGCGCCUGCCCUUUGCUCUGCUGGCGGGCUACGCCUAUGCCUUUUCUGCCGCCACUCUCGUCUGGCUUCCCCCAUCUCCGCGGUGGCUUAACCUCCACGGAAAAGCCGACCAAGCUGCUGCCGCCUGGGAGAAGCUCGGCGUCCCGGCUGCAGACCGGGAGAAGAUCUUGGAGCAGCUCGAGACCUCGGUGCUCGAGCCUCCCAGUCCCGACGUCGGCGAUGAGACCAGCCCUGACCGCGCCAUGGCGACCGGCACCGAUGCGGGCGUUUCUUCAAGGAGGCAGCCCCCCGCCUCUGACAAGCCAAACAAGAUGCUCGACGUUUUCUCUCCUGACGCUCGCUCGCGCACUUUUCUCGCCGUUUUUCUCAUGGGAAUGCAGCAGCUAAGCGGCAUCGACGGCGUUCUUUAUUACGCCCCACUGCUCUUCCAGCAAGCCGGCCUGGACUCGGUCCAGUCGACCUUUCUGGCGUCUGGCGUGUCGGCCAUCGUCAUCUUCGCCGUGACGAUCCCGGCCACCAUCUGGGCGGACCGAUGGGGCCGGCGGCUCAGCACGAUGCUCGGCGGCCUCGGCAUGGCGGCCACCAUGCUCAUCAUGGGCAGCCUGUACGCGGGCGACGCAGUGCACGCGAGCACGGGGGCCGGGCGGUGGGUCGUCGUGGUGGGGAUCUAUGUCUUCGCCGUGCUGUACUGCGUGUCGUGGGGCGUGGGAAUCAAGAUCUACGCGGCCGAGAUCCAGCCGCAGCGCACCCGCGCCAGCGCCACCAACAUCGCCCACGGCAGCAACUGGGUGACCAACUUUCUCGUUGCUCUCGUUACCCCGCUGCUGCUGGCCAAGACGAGCUACGGCGCCUACUUUCUGUUCAGCAUCUGCACCUUCCUGGCCGUCGUCGUCUGCUGGCUGUUCAUGCCCGAGACGCGGGGCAAGAGCCUCGAUGAGAUUGAGCAGGCAUUUCAGAGCAGCCGCGUCAUUGGCGGACCUUGGAAGCUUGCCGAGAGCAUGCGCAAGAUGCUCGGGAGGAAGCGUCUUGCCGUCGACGCCUGA